CUUAUGCACUUUAUUUUGCAACUUAAUGGAAGUAUCAAGGGCAAAACUAAAAAAUCAUACGAAAACAUGAAAAUUGUAAAGUUUCUUCUUCAUCUUUCUGUUUCCUCCGGUCGCCGGCAACUGUUAAUCUUCUUUUCCAAAUUAGAAGUCGCCGGUGUUGAUUUGACCACACACAACACGGAAAAACACUCCUGUCAUCAUGCUACUCCACCCCAAACAAUCUUAAAAUCACCAGAAUCAAUCUGAAAAUUAUCCAACAUUAACAUGGCACCCAAUUUUCGAUCCAUAUCGCGUAAAUUCGCAGAAAGAAGCAAACACAGAUUAUUGUUAUCCCGAAAGGAAUUAGGGGUUUUAUCUGAAUCCUACAUCGACGAAGAUGAUCAUCGUUGGGCCCGUCUUCGUUUGUUUCUUUUUAAUGUUUUGGAAAUGGGUCGGGCCGAUCCUCUACAGUUUAUCUUUGCUGCUAAAUGUGGCCUGGCACUUGCUAUUGUUUCUUUACUCAUAUUCUUUAAAGAGCCCUUUGAUUUUAUGAGCAACUACGCCAUCUAUUCUAUCCUAACUGUUAUCCAUAUCUCUGAAUUCAGCAUAGGAGCAUCACUUAGCAAAGGAUUUAGUGGCGCUUUGGGGACGUUGUCGGCUGGCAUUCUUGCAUUGGGUAUUCAUCAGAUAUCUGUUGGGGCUGGCAAGUGGCAAGAGAUUGUGAUUGCCAUCAGCGUCUUUAUAGCAGGUUCUAUUUCAUGUUUUCUGAAACUGUACCCGUCAAUGAAGUUGCAUGACUUUGGAUUCAGGGUCUUUAUGUUGAGCUUUACUAUCGUACUCGAAUCGGGUACUUCAGAUUUUGCUCAAGAAACAAUCUCGAGAUCGUUGUUAAUAGCAGUUGGGGCAUGUGUGUGUUUCAGUGUAACUAUUUGUGUUUAUCCGAUUUGGGCCGGUGAAGAUCUCCAUAAAUUGGUUGUUAAGAAUUUUAGGGGCGUUGCGUCUUCCUUAGAAGGUUGUGUUAAUAAUUACCUUCAGCAAUUUGGAUAUGAAAGGAUACCUUCAAAGAUACUAAUAUAUCAAGCAUCUGACGACCCUCUUUAUAGCGGAUAUCGAUCCGCAGUAGAGUCAGCAAGUGAAGAAGAUGCUCUCAUGGGGUUUGCUGUUUGGGAACCGCCACAUGGGCAUUAUAAAAUGUUAAACUAUCCUUGGAGUAACUACGUGAAAGUUAGCGGUGCACUUAGGCAUUGUGCAUUUAUGGUCAUGGCAAUGCAUGGUUGUAUACUUGCAGAAAUACAGUCACCAGCAGAAUUAAGACACAUGUUCAAAAACAAGAUCCAAAACGUAGGGACCGAAGGCGCGAAAAUAUUACGCGAGUUAGGAAACAAAGUAGAAAAACUAGAGAAACUAAGCCCUGAUAUCGACUUGCUUGAAAAAGUGCACGAGGCUGCUGAAGAAUUACAAAUGAUGAUUGACCAAAAGUCAUACCACUUGGUCAACGCUGAGAAAUGGGCAGCUGGAAAACGACCAAAAGACUUUGAAGAUGUUGACCGUCUUCAAGAACUUAAAGAAGAAGAGAUUGACAUUGAACCGAAUGGCAUCGGUUCUCUAUAUGAAGCAAAUAUAAAACCACCGCUUCCUUGUAAAACCCUAGAAGGCCACAUCACCACUUUGUCAAACCAACCUUCAAUGGUGCAUUGGGGUUCAUCUGAAGAUAUGCUGAAGCAACAAACACAAUGGCCUUCAAGAUUAUCGUUUGUUGGUGAGACAAUUUUAAACAUGCGUGAAGUGAAAACUUAUGAAAGCGCAAGUGCAUUAUCACUUGCUACUUUUACUUCUUUUUUGAUUGAAUUUGUUGCAAGACUUCAGAAUCUUGUGAGCGCGUUUGAAGAGCUUAGUGAGACGGCUAAGUUUUCUGAACCUGUAAAUAUUCUUGAAGCGAAAGAGGCGGUUAGUGUUUGGACAAGAUUGCUCAAGUCAAUUGGGAUCAAGUGAUUCUGGUAUUUGUGUUGUCAGUUUAGUAUUUUAUAUCAUCCAUUUAUUUUUUAUAGAGAUGGAGAUAUCAAGAAGAGAAAUAAAUGCUCUUUGUGUAUCUGCUGAUAAAGUGUGAUCGCGUCAAGUUUAUUGUGACGAAAAUGGCACUCAUAUAUGUAAAUUUC